UGGUUUUGAAUCAGUUGUGUUAAACAGCUUUUAAGUUUAACAUAAAUCUCCUUUAAUUAAUAAAAAAAUAUGAAAUUUUUUCAAAGUUUUGCAUUAAUCCUAACAUUGGCCUGUUUAUCACAGGCCAAUCCCGUCAAAUGGGGUAAAGGUGUUGGCAAUAAGCUAUUAUAUCGUGUAAACGUUAUUCGUGAACCCAUACAAGGUUUCGCUCAGGACGUCUAUGUGGCCUAUCCUAAAGAUGGUGAAGCUGCUACAAAUGAAGAAAUUGUUGACAUUUGGGUUUAUAAUAGAGAUUCAUCUGAUACAAUACCUGUACUAGCCUAUGGGGUGGAAAAAGAUAUUGAAGGUCGUUUAGAUUCGGCUACGGUUAUUUUGAGAGGACAACGUUCUGCUGGUAUUAACUCGACAGUGGAAUUUUACGGCAAAGACUAAAUAUUUGUGCCAGAAAAGGAACAAUUCAGUUAUCUGCAUAACCGAAUUUAUUCAGUAAUACAAAUAAUUUCAUUAUCAUUAUAUAAUCUAGAAAAAACAAACUUUGUAUAUAUGAAAAUAAUUAUUGAUUAAAUUUAAUAAAAAAAUAUUAAAUAUUUCAUUAAA